AAUUCUGAUGCAUUCAUGUCUCAAGAUUUCUAUGAAGAAGAAAACUUGGAAAACCUUGAAGUAAAGCAUUCAAAAAUAAAUAGAAAAUUCCUUAAAGUGAUUUAUUAUCUACUAUUGCUUCUUGUGCAUUUACUUCAGGUUUUGGUUACUGUGACAUAAUCUUUUUAAUCGUAUUUGCCUGCUAUGUUAAUGGAAAAUUUUUAUCUUUGCUUUUCGAUAAUUGCUAUGAUCUAUUUAACAAUGAGAAAGUUUUGUUUUCACAUUGAACCAUUUUAAUUUACCCAAUAAAAGUUAUCAAAUGAUCCAAUGAUACUAAUUUCAGAUGAAAAGUUAAAUAAUUGGGGAUAAGAGGAGAAGUUCUUUGACGGUGAUUCAAUUAAAUUGAGUAAAAGAACCAAGCUGAGUCCUUCAUCAAGUUAAUUCAAUAGCCUUUAAAUUACGCAAAUAGGGUUUCUGGCUAAAAAAGACUGA